GAGAGAGAGAGAGAUGAAUAUAAUAUACAUUGACCUCUCUGUCUCAUGAGCAAGCACAUGUCCUCUCUUUCUCUUUCAGCUCUUUCACAAGUUUUUCUCUCCUCUUCUCCGUAAAAAAAGAAAAGAAUACAAAUCUUUCACAUGCUCUUCUCUCUAAUUUCUUCAUUGGUGAUUCUCUUCCCAAUGCUCAUUUGAAGUUUUAUUUACUCUACUCCCGACGACCUCGACCCCUCUUCAGAUCUACUCACUCCUUCUUCUUCUUCUUCUUCAUUUUCCGGUGACUCGAGCCGGAGAAGGUUCUUUGUUCAGAUCAAGAUUCUGGCUUAAAGAUAAAGUUGUUUGAAUUUGUUUAGUCCAUUGUCUUGUUGUUGCAUGAAGAGAAACUUUGAUAAAUGGUCUGUGAAAUGGAGACUGAUCAGAUUGAGGAAAUGGAUGUCGAAGUCUUGUCUUCCAUGUGGCCCGAAAAUGUUGGAACUGAAGCUGACAAACAGUUCAACGUUGAGAAACCUGCUGGAGAUUUAGACACGUUGAAAGAAGUGACAAUUGAAGAGAAACCCACCAUUGCGGAUUUGACACGCUUACCAGAACUAAUGAAUUCGACUCAACAAGGCUCGUCUCAGCUAACCAACCUUGUGAAACAAUGGGAGUAUAUGCAAGACAACGCGGUUCGCUUAUUAAGAGAAGAGCUUAAGAAUCUCAAUAGACAGAGAGAAGAAGCUGAAGCAAAAGAGUUGAAGAUCAUUGAGGAGUAUAAGUUUGAGAGCAACGAGCCUGAGAAUGUUCCGGUUUUGGAUGAGACGAGUGAUUUGUUCCGCAGGUUUAGGCAGAAGAAACGAGAUGCGUUGGUCGAUAGCAAGAAGAUUGAGAUCUAUGAGGAGUUUGACACGGUUGCAUAUUGGAAACAGAAGGCGUUGAAUCUGGAGAAAAUGCUUGAGGCGAGUACUGAGAGAGAAAGGAGAUUGGUCGAGAAGCUGAGUGAGAGUUUGAAGACUAUGGAGAGUCAGUCAGCACCGGUCCAAGAGCUAACUCAGAAUCUUGAGAGAGCUGAAGGUUUCUUGCAUUUCAUACUUCAGAAUGCACCUAUUGUUAUGGGUCAUCAGGAUAAAGAUUUACGCUACUUGUUUAUCUACAACAAGUAUCCUAGUUUGCGGGAGCAGGACAUUUUGGGAAAAACAGACGUUGAGAUAUUCCACGGAGGUGGCGUUAAAGAAUCUCAAGAUUUCAAGAGAGAAGUUCUUGAGAAAGGAAAAGCUUCAAAGAGAGAGAUCACAUUUACGACAGAUUUAUUCGGAUCAAAGACGUUUUUGAUAUAUGUUGAGCCUGUUUACAACAAAGCUGGCGAGAAAAUCGGUAUAAACUACAUGGGAAUGGAAGUAACUGAACAGGUAGAUAAAAGGGAGAAAAUGGCGAAACUAAGAGAAGAUAACGCAGUGAGAAAGGCGAUGGAAUCAGAACUGAACAAGACCAUCCACAUUACAGAGGAGACAAUGAGAGCGAAGCAAAUGCUAGCGACGAUGUCUCAUGAGAUAAGAUCACCAUUAUCCGGAGUAGUGGGAAUGGCUGAGAUUCUUUCAACUACAAGACUGGAUAAAGAGCAGAGACAGUUGUUGAAUGUCAUGAUCUCUUCUGGGGAUUUGGUGCUUCAGCUAAUCAACGACAUUCUUGAUCUUUCCAAGGUUGAAUCAGGUGUGAUGAAAUUAGAAGCUACAAAGUUUCGACCAAGAGAAGUGGUCAAGCAUGUGCUUCAGACAGCUGCAGCAUCGCUGAAGAAAUCUUUGACAUUAGAAGGAAACAUUGCAGAUGAUGUUCCUAUUGAGGUAGUUGGAGAUGUUCUAAGGAUUCGGCAGAUCCUCACCAAUUUGAUAAGCAAUGCUAUCAAGUUUACACAUGAAGGAAAUGUUGGAAUCAAACUCCAAGUGAUAUCAGAACCAUCCUUUGCGCGGGAUAACACAUUGACCGCAGACACCGAGGAACAAGAACAAAACGGUUUGACCGAGACUUCAGUUUGGAUCUGCUGUGAUGUUUGGGACACUGGAAUUGGAAUCCCAGAAAACGCUAUUCCAUGUUUGUUCAAGAAGUACAUGCAAGCAAGCGCUGAUCAUGCCCGCAAAUACGGUGGAACUGGUCUCGGACUUGCCAUUUGUAAACAGCUGGUUGAGUUAAUGGGAGGUCAACUCACUGUGACAAGCCGUGUGAACGAAGGUUCAACGUUCACAUUUAUAUUACCCUACAAAGUUGGAACAUCAGAUGAUUAUUCAGAUGAUCAAGAUGAGUUCUCUGACAUGGCGGAUCAUCAAUCCGAACCAGACGAUACAGCUGAAGGAUAUUUCCAGUUUAAACCGCUUCUAGGAUCUAUAUAUUCUAAUGGCGGACCAGGCAUCGGCAAUGACUUCUUACCUCAUAAAGUCAUGCUUACUAGUCCUAUUAAGCUCAUGAAUAGUUUUGUCGCUGAUCCUUCUAACAACACUGGACAGAGCGAGAUGCUUCAGCUUGAAAACGGUGGUUACGUGGAUGAAUCUAAACUCGAAACCAGUUCUGGUCAUUGCCCUGAAUCAGCUCACCAAUAUGAGAAUGGAAAUGGUCGAUGUUUCUCCAAGGAAUCUGAAUCUUGUAGCAGUUCACAAGCUAGCUCAGAAGGUGGAACCUUAGAAAUGGAGUCGGAGCUUACAGUUUCAUCUCAUAGGGAAGAGGAAAAAGCCGAGACAGAUCUAAAAGAAACAUCAAAGCCAAAGAUUUUGCUUGUGGAAGAUAAUAAGAUCAAUAUCAUGGUUGCAAAGUCGAUGAUGAAGCAGUUAGGCCAUACCAUGGAUAUUGCUAAUAAUGGAGUUGAAGCCAUAACCGCUAUCAAUCACUCUAGUUACGAUCUGGUACUCAUGGAUGUGUGCAUGCCAGUUCUGGAUGGUUUAAAAGCUACAAGACUGAUCCGUUCAUAUGAAGAAACUGGGAACUGGAAUGCUGCAAUAGAAGCCGGCGUAGAUAUAAAGACAUUGGAGAAUGAGCAAGUUUGUGUGCGUUCCACAAACCGGCUGCCUAUAAUCGCGAUGACAGCAAAUACGUUAGCAGAGAGUUCAGAAGAAUGUUAUGCAAAUGGUAUGGACUCGUUUAUUUCGAAACCUGUAACGUUGCAAAAACUGAGAGAGUGUUUACAACAGUAUUUGCAUUGACAUUUCAGAGUUUGGUGUUUUGUAGAUUAAGUGGUUGUUUUGUAUAUAAAUUGUGUAGGAAAAAAGUUUUGGAGAGCUACUAAGUAGCUUCCUCUCUU